GUUGCAAGCGCAGCCCCGUUUUCUGUCUGCGCGCGAAGCUCCCUGGCUUUCUCUCUCACACACACACUCACGCACACGUCCACCAGUGAGAGAGGGAGACAGACGAAAAGAAUGAGGAAGAACUGGCCCGCACGCUUCUCUACUCCGAGUCGCAGAUUUGCUGAGGAAGCACCGGCUAUCUGACCGCUGCGGGUCGGUCUCGGGAAACCGCGUGCAUGGGACUCGAAGAGCGAGUUUAACGCUCGCGUGCGUCGCUAUCUCUCGCCAUCUCGUAUAUAAGCCCAGACGAACGCAAGCUUGGAUACUGACGGCUUCCGACGCUCCUUCUCUUCUCACGCGUCUGCUGCCACUUCCUCUGACCUCUCCGGUCCAAGGGUCGCGCGGCACCGCGGAGCUUUCUAGAGCAUCUGAAGGUUCAUCCAUCGCCAAACCAUGAGGCACUCGGAGAUUCCUCCAUUCCUCUCAGUCGGGCUUCACUGUCUGGUCGUCAUAGCGACCAUGGUGUGCAACAUCCAUCAGGUAACAGCAGAGAACAUGCCAGACCACAGCUCGGACCAUACCAUCUCUGCCAAUAAGUCGGGGACCUGUGGGGGUUCAAACGAAUGCGCUCCGGGCGUUAUCCUCCCGGUGUGGGAGCCCCAGAACCCCUCAUUUGGUGAUAAGGUGGCACGUGCUACGGUUUACUUCGUGGCACUGGUUUACAUGUUCCUUGGAGUCUCAAUCAUCGCAGAUCGCUUCAUGGCAUCGAUCGAGGUGAUCACCUCUCAAGAGAAAGAGAUCACCAUUAAGAAACCCAACGGCGAGACAACCACCACCACUGUACGGAUCUGGAACGAAACCGUGUCCAAUCUAACCCUCAUGGCUCUGGGCUCUUCUGCCCCAGAAAUCCUGCUGUCUGUUAUUGAGGUGUGCGGACACAACUUUUACGCUGGUGAUCUCGGGCCCUCCACCAUUGUGGGCAGUGCUGCCUUCAACAUGUUUGUGAUUAUCGGGCUCUGUGUUUACGUGGUUCCUGAUGGAGAACAUCGCAAGGUGAAGCACCUGCGUGUCUUCUUUGUCACUGCCGCCUGGAGCAUCUUUGCCUACCUGUGGCUGUACCUGAUCCUGGCUGUCAUCUCCCCGGGUGUGGUCCAGGUGUGGGAAGGUCUGCUCACGCUCUUCUUCUUCCCCAUCUGUGUGGUCUUCGCCUGGAUUGCUGACCGCCGUCUCCUCUUCUACAAGUAUGUCUACAAGCGCUACCGGGCCGGAAAGCAGCGUGGCAUGAUCAUUGAGACCGAGGGCGAUCGUCCGCUCCCACCCAAGGUCGACAUUGAGAUGGACGGGAAGAUGCUCAACUCCCAUGCUGUGGACUUUCUGGAUGGGACUCUGACGCUGGACCUGGACGACAAGGACCUGGAUGAGGAGGAGGCCAGGCGUGACAUGGCCAAGAUCUUGAAGGAACUGAAACAGAAGCAUCCGGACAAAGAGGUGGAACACCUGAUUGAGCUGGCGAACUACCAAGUGCUCAGCCAGCAGCAGAAGAGCCGGGCCUUCUAUCGUUGCCAGGCAACGAGGCUGAUGACCGGCGCUGGGAACAUCCUGAAGAAACACGCAGCGGACCAGGCACGGAAAGCCGUGAGCAUGCAUGAGGUGCGCAGCGACACUGGCGAAAACGACCCCAUCUGCAAGGUCUUCUUCGACCCUGGCUCAUACCAGUGCUUGGAAAACUGCGGGACUGUGGCAGUUAACGUGGUCAGGCGUGGCGGCGACCUCAACCAGAUGGUCUCCGUGGAAUUCCGCACUGAAGACGGCACAGCGAAUGCCGGCUCGGACUACGAGUUCACCGAAGGCACCGUUGUGUUCAAGUCAGGCGAGACACAGAAGGAGAUUCGCGUCGGGAUCAUCGACGACGACAUCUUUGAAGAGGACGAGAACUUCCACAUCCACCUGAGCAACGUUCGGAUCCUUCAUGAAGGGACAGAGGCAGAGACUACGGAAGCCAAUCACGUGGAAACGAUCGCAACUCUUGGCAUGCCCUCUACCGCCACUGUCACUAUCUUUGAUGACGACCACGCCGGAAUCUUCACGUUCGAAGAGCCGGUGACUCACAUCAGCGAGAGCGUGGGCGUGAUGGAGGUGAAGGUUCUCCGGACAUCAGGAGCUCGUGGUGUGGUCAGAGUGCCCUACAGGACCAUGGAGGGGACAGCGAAGGGGGCCAGCGAGGACUUUGAGGACACCCAUGGCGUGCUGGAGUUCCAGAAUGAUGAAAUCUUGAAGACGAUCUUGGUCAGGGUUCUCGAUCGAGAGGAAUACGAUAAGCAGUGCAGCUUUUAUAUAGUGCUCGAGACCCCACAGUGGAGGAGGAGAGGACGCACAGGACACAGAGAGGAACAGAAGGCUGAAGGAGAAGAUGAAGCUCUGACAGGGCAGGAGGAGGAGGAACGCCGCAUCGCAGAGAUGGGCAAACCCACGCUGGGAGAGCACGUGAAACUGGAGAUCAUCAUCGAGGAGUCGUACGAGUUCAAGAACACUGUUGAUAAGCUGAUUAAAAAGACCAACUUGGCUCUGCUAGUUGGCACUAAUAGCUGGAGGGAUCAGUUCAUCGAGGCCAUCACAGUCAGUGCCGGUGAAGAUGAUGACGAUGAGGAGUGCGGUGAGGAGAAGCUGCCCUCCUGUUUUGACUACGUCAUGCACUUCCUGACUGUUUUCUGGAAGGUUCUGUUCGCCUUCGUCCCCCCCACUGACUACUGGAACGGUUGGGCAUGUUUUGUGGUCUCCAUCCUCAUGAUCGGCGUGCUGACGGGCUUCAUUGGAGAUCUGGCAUCCCACUUUGGCUGCACCGUUGGCCUCAAAGACUCCGUGACAGCCGUGGUGUUUGUGGCACUGGGGACGUCGGUGCCAGACACCUUUGCCAGUAAAGUGGCAGCCAUCCAGGACCAGUACGCUGAUGCCUCCAUUGGCAACGUGACGGGCAGUAACGCAGUGAACGUGUUCCUGGGCAUCGGCGUAGCCUGGUCCAUCGCUGCCAUCUACCAUCAGUCGCGGGGCCGGGAGUUCCGCGUGGAGCCGGGAAACCUGGCCUUCUCUGUCACCCUUUUCACCAUCUUUGCGUUCAUCUGCGUGGCCACGCUGAUGUACCGCAGGCGACCCGACAUCGGAGGGGAACUGGGCGGCCCGCGGACUGCCAAAGCUCUCACCACCAUGCUCUUCGUCAGCCUCUGGCUUCUCUAUAUCCUCUUCUCCUCACUCGAGGCUUACUGCCACAUUAAGGGCUUCUGAACACACACACACUCCAGAGCAUAGACAUGCAUACACACGUUCAGACACAGAGUUCACACACACACGAAAACACACGUGAGAUCUAUAGGGACACACACACUCAGAUAUUCUUGCAUACACACAGGUUAAAGAUUACAAAGCUAAAUCAGAGGCCAGUGGGAACACGAGGCUGCAGCGGACAGGAUGAGCUCAUCCCACUCAUUCUGUCACCUGACACUUUAGGGUUAUGGCUGUCAGAUUUGUUUGGUUCUUUGUUUUGGGAUUUUGUUUGUUUGUUUUAUUUUUAAUUUUUUUGCAGAUGAAUGUGCGUCACCUCACACUCCUUGUAAUGCCUUUGGUCUUUAUUAGAUUGUUGGCUGGCCAAAACGCAUCUCACUAGCUUUGGUCAGCGCAUGUGGAGCAUAGCGACUUUUAACAACACAUGUUCAUAACUAGAGAAAUAAUAACACACUUGAUGACAAAACACAAGCGAGAAGCUCGGUAGUCAGAGUCAGAUGUACUGUCAGUAUGAGAGAAGUGAACUUUUGCUUCUGAAAUGCCGUUCUAACCACCAUAUGUUACAGGGCUUAAGAUCUUUAUGACUAAACUGGAAUGGAAACAGCCAGACUUGCAACAGACGGACGUGUGCACCCAGGCCCCGACAACAGCAGGAAGUGCAAUACUGUGGCAAACGUAGCUUGACAGGAAUCCAUUUUGACAUAUAUUGCUACCUUUAGUGGGUAAAACAUAAAGUGUUGUUUAUGUUUGAAGGGCUAUGGAGUUGCUGUGUGAAAAGUGAGUUCUCUUUGGGACUGGGGCUUCCUGUCGCCCGUGAAACAAGGCUCGCUUAUCUCACGUCUGAUCUGGUCCUGAAGCUCCUGUCAGCUCCUCAUUUAACCGCCCCCAAACUGCCCCAACACCCCUCAAACACCCUUUAUUACACAUUAAAACAAAAUCAGGGUUUUUUUUCUAUCUGAGCAUCCACGAGGUGUCCAUCAGAAUGCCUGAUAGUAAACCUGUAU